AUGCUGAUCCUCGAAUCCGCACGUUGUAUAAACAUUCCAUGGAUAGAGGAAAAAAUAAUUUUCCUUGAUUUGCUUACCAUCAAGUACACAAUCGAACGAUUGAAUAGUCUUAUCGCCAAAUUAUUAUUAUUAUUAUUAUUAUUAUUAUUAUUAUUAUUAUUAUUAUUAUUAUUAUUAUUACUAUUAUUAUUAUUAUUAUUAUUAUUAUUAUUAUUAUUAUUAUUAUUAUUAUUACUAUUAUUAUUACUAUUAUUAUUAUUAUUAUUAUUAUUAUUAUUAUUAUUAUUAUUAUUAUUAUUAUUAUUACUAUUAUUAUUAUUAUUAUUAUUAUUAUUAUUAUUAUUAUUAUUACUAUUAUUAUUAUUAUUAUUAUUAUUAUUAUUAUUAUUAUUAUUAUUACUACUACUAUUAUUAUUAUUAUUAUUAUUAUUAUUAUGUAAUGCAAGAAAAAAUAUAGCGCUCAGUCCUAAAGCACGAUCUAAUUCAACUUCAGUUUAA